GUUGAGGCUGCACAUUCGUACCACGAAGGAGGGGAAUGGUCUGGCACAGAACUGGAUUCGGCUGGAGGUGGCAAAUGUUCGGGCCAUGAACAAGUGAGUGUGGAGACAGGCAUACAUUCAGGCUGCGAACAGGAGCGUAUGGGAGCGAACCAACGUUUGGGCCACGAACAGGAGAA